AUGCAAGAACCAACAUUGGAAACAGUAUCCAUCAGAUACAACACAAACAGAAACUCGUUAUACAGGAUUGCAGGUACUACAACCAUCAAUUUGUGUUCCCUGUCAAAUGGCUACAGUUAUGAUGCUAAUUUGGAUCGGUGUAUCAAGGCAUACAAUACUGCAAAAAAUCACUUGGAAUCAUCGAAUGCAUGUCAAGCUGAUAAUGCUGCUUUGGUUAAAAUUGAUAGUGAUGACAUGUGGACAUUUGUUAAAAAUGAAUUAGCCGCUAAGAAUAUAAUGGAUACUUAUGUACAAGGCACAAAGGACGGACAAGGCGUGUGGAGAUACGAUGAUGGUACACAGAUUACAUUUAUACAAUGGGGAUCUUCCGAACCUGGCAAUGGCCCUUCUGAUAUACGUCUAGAGCUUUGGGAAAAUCAUGGAUAUCGCUUCCAUGACGUAACAGGAAACAGCCAAUAUGGCUUUGUUUGUGAAAUAAACAUGAAGUAGAUGAUAAUGUUCUAUGACUAAGUUUCAGAAAGGUGAUUUUCGUUCAUUACACAUGACCCUUAACAGUUGAUUUCAGAUGACAUUUGACAUUAGUUUGCUGUUCGACUAAGCUAAUAUAUGUGAUUAUAUUUACCAUUGAAGAUUUCCAAACUUUUUAUUUGGUGCCUAUUUGAUGAAAUGGUAUAGGAAUAUAAGGCUGCCACUGAAGUGUUAUCUAUAUAGUAUGUACCUGACGGUAUUGCCAAGCCUUCCAUCAGGACGAAACUGCACGAAUUUUUUUCACUGACAUUAUUUAUUAUUUAAAUUUUGAAUAUUUUAUGCAAACUCUUCUUCAAAAGUUCACUGAUAUGAUCAUUUUAAAAGUUUCUGACCAUUGAAUUGAUCGGUAUCGGUAAGCAGGUCAUUGACGAACGAACGAUAUUCAAAAUGGCGCUUACAAUGGGUCACUCACUUCUUAGGUCUUGUAUGUGUAUUGUUAAAACCUUUAAAAUACCGCCAUAAUUUUGUAAAUAAAAAUAUGUGAAUGUUGAUUAAUUAUUGAUCAUUAUGAGAAAAUAUCAUUUAAACCCUGUACUAAUCAUGUCCGUGGUCGUUAAAAAUGGGAUGUUUCUGAUAUUUAGUGUCAUGCAAUUUUUUUAAUUAAAAAUGAACAUUUAUCUUAAGUAAAAAAUGUUGUUUCAAUAAACA